GUGUGCACGGGCUGCCAGCUCGAUCGCUCAGUGAAAAAUUUUUGUGUUGCCGUCGCUUCGUGUUUUCAUUAAUCAGUUGCACUAAAAUGGUGCGCAAGUCCGGUAGAGUUAAAAUUCCUACUAGUCGCGAUGUUGGCAGCAUUCUGUUGCGUGGCAGCAGCAGCAGCAGCAAAGGCGCCGACGGAGGUGGUGGGCGUGUUAAUGAUGGGGAGGCUACGGUCAGGCGACGUCAACGACAACGUAGACGUCGGGACAGCAGCGCCAGCAAUUCAGCUUCAAGUGAUGAAUCGGCUGAAAGUCAUAUUAUGCAUGCGGAAGCGUUACCCGUGGGGCAUCCUGCAGGAUCUCCCAUUGGACACGCGCUGAGUCCAAAUGGCGUCGGCUUGGGACUCAGCAACAGCAGCAACCAGAGCAGCGAGAAUUUUACGCUCUGCAAUGGCAACAGCAAUCCAAGCAGCAGUAGCAACAACAAUAAUAAUAAUAACAAUAUGUACUCACCAAACAAUAAUAGCGGAAAUGGCAGCAAUAACCAACAGCAACAGCAGCAACAACAACAACAGCAGCAGCAACAACAAUCACCAACUGUUUGCGCCAUUUGCGGAGAUCGCGCAACAGGUAAACACUAUGGAGCCUCAAGCUGUGAUGGAUGCAAAGGUUUCUUCAGACGCAGUGUGCGCAAAAAUCAUCAGUAUACCUGCAGAUUCUCGCGAAACUGUGGUGACAAGGAUAAGCGCAAUCAAUGUCGGUACUGUCGUCUGCGCAAAUGCUUCAAGGCGGGCAUGAAGAAGGAGGCGGUGCAGAAUGAACGUGAUCGCAUCAGCUGCCGUCGUACCUCCAACGAUGAUCCCGAUCCAGGCAAUGGACUCUCAGUCGUCUCUCUGGUUAAGGCAGAGAACGAGUCGCGACAGUCGAAAGCUGGCGCUGCGAUGGAACCGAACAUCAAUGAGGAUCUCUCCAACAAACAGUUUGCCAGUAUCAACGACGUCUGCGAGUCAAUGAAACAACAGCUUCUCACCCUCGUCGAAUGGGCCAAACAGAUACCGGCCUUCAAUGAACUGCAACUGGAUGAUCAGGUAGCUCUUCUUCGGGCCCAUGCCGGAGAGCAUCUACUGUUGGGUCUAUCACGUCGUUCGAUGCAUCUAAAAGAUGUACUGCUACUUAGCAACAACUGUGUCAUCACCAGACACUGUCCAGAUCCACAUGUCUCACCCAAUUUAGACAUUUCGCGGAUUGGUGCUCGCAUCAUUGAUGAACUGGUAGUUGUGAUGAAGGAUGUCGGCAUCGAUGACACAGAAUUCGCCUGCAUUAAGGCGCUGGUCUUCUUUGAUCCCAAUGCUAAGGGUCUCAACGAGCCACAUCGUAUCAAAUCGCUGCGCCAUCAGAUACUCAAUAAUUUAGAGGAUUACAUUUCGGAUCGACAGUACGAGUCACGCGGUCGCUUUGGCGAGAUCCUCCUAAUUUUGCCGGUGCUUCAAUCGAUCACCUGGCAGAUGAUCGAACAAAUCCAAUUCGCCAAAAUCUUUGGUGUCGCACACAUCGAUUCUCUGCUGCAGGAGAUGUUACUGGGUGGUGAACUGGCGGACAACUGUCCACUGUCGCCCCCCAAUCAGCCAAAUGAUUAUCAGAGUCCCACGCAUACCGGCAACUUAGAUGGUGGCCAGGUGAGCUCCACGCUCGAAACCUUGGCAACGGCAACCAGCGGUUCACAUGGCCUUGAUCUGGAUGUGCAGCACAUUCAGGCGCUCAUCGAGGCGAACAAUGCGGAGGACACAUUCCGUGCCUAUGCCAGUAGCAACACGUCCACCUCCACCACGAUCACCCCAGGUCUGCCCCCGACAGCUGCAGUGACGCCACCACUGAGCAGUGCUGCCUGCAGUCCCAAGUCACAGGAGAGCGUUUACAUGGACGCAGUGGUAGCACGGCAACAAUAUGGCAAUAUCCAGCAGCACAAGAGCCAACUCAUGCACAGUCCCCAGCGUGUGCAUCCCUACCAAAGAAUGCCCACUUCACCGGUGGAUGGCACCGCUAGUCUGGGCAUGCGCAAUCCUGCGGAUAUCACGCUCAACGAAUACAAUCGCAGUGAGGGAAGCAGCGCUGAUGAAAUGUUGCGCCGCACGCCGCUCAAGAUACGUCCCACAGAGCUGCUGACCCCCAGCUAUAAAAUGGAGCCAUGUCGCAUGACACUCAAACAGGAGCCCGAAACGGGCUAUUAACUGGUGCAAUAAGCUUAGCUACCGUAAAACUACUCCACCUCCAGUCCCCUCUCCCCCUUCAUUAACUCGCUUACUGUCUCCCAAGCCCGGUUUUCCCUCCAAUGAUAAUCAGAGCCCCUCUUGCUAACUGCUAAGUGCCUAAAUACAAAGCUUACUUAAUUGUUAUUGCCUUGAACUUUUUGAUACCUUUUUACUAGAUCUUAAGUAGGUAUUUUGGAAAUUGUUGCUUAAUAUGUAAACACACAAUUGCAAUCUAUUUUUGUAUUUGAUUAUGCGAAGUGAAAUGAUUUGAUUUGAAUUAAAUUGAAGUGAAGUAAGUGAACAGAAACGAAGUGAAAAGAUAUGUAUGUAAAGUCAGAUGAUUUGCUCAAAAUAUUAUGCUAUAAGUACUAUAUAUAUGUACGUAGUACGUACAGUCAGUUUGUUGGUUAUCUAUAUUUUAAUAUACAGACAUAUACAUAUAUUAUAUACAAUUGCAUAUUAGAGAUAUGUGUAUGCAUAUAUUUUUCAUAUAUGCAAUACUUUGUUUUAGGUUAGGGUGUUGUUUAGUAGCGUAAAAUCUAUUAUAUGAGUAUAUUUAAUACUUAGCUGAUCAAUGAUGAAGAAUUAUUUUUAUAUGAAUAUAUCUAUGUAUAAAAUACAAAUUAAUUUAAUAUGGCUGAGU